GGAUCUUUUCGCUUACGUAAUAAUUCAGAUGAAGGUUAUAAACCUCCUUCACAAUCCAGUAGUGAGACCUUACGAGAUGAAGAUUAUAAACCUUCUUCACAAUCCAGUAGUGAAACUCGGCAAGAAAUAAUUAGACCUCCCUUAAGACCCAAUUAUAAUGAACUAAUUCUAAAACCACAAGAAAUCGUGAGACCUCCCUUCCAAGCAGAAAUAGAUAAUAUCGAAGUAGAAGUUGUCAUGCCCGCUUUGAAACUUUCGACCACCACCGCAGACACGCCAAAUCUUGAUGAUCGUAACAUUGUAACUGAAUGUGAAUUCAAUAAUAUCAAAGUAGAAGUUUUUAUACCCGCUUUGAAACCUUCGACCAAAACCAGAUAUGCGCCAAAUCUUGAUGAUCGUAAAAGAACCACAUACGCGCCAAAUCUUGAUGAUCGUAAAAGAACCACAUACGCGCCAAAUCUUGAUGAUCGUAAAAGAACCACAUCAACUAGUGGGAUUGGUGGGCAAAAACGUAAUAGAUGGACUGAUCCAGAGCUAAGAUGUCUUAAACGUGGAAUGAAAGAGUAUGGAACAAAGUGGGAGGAAAUUUUGAAACAUUACGGGAAACCAGAUGGACCAUUAAAAAUGCGAACGGCAGUGAACUUGAAAGACAAAGCUCGGAAUGAGAAAAUAAGAAGAAUAAGGGAAGAUAUAGAGUUGGAUAUUUUUGAACUAGCAACCAUUUAG